CUGUAUCCAGAAACAAAGGAUCAGAAAGCAAAGAAAAACAGCCUGCUUCAGGAGACUAUAAAUUGUACCUUUAUGACAUCAGAAUAAGAUUGUCUGCACAGAAAAACUUGCACAGUUUCUUUAAUUACAAGCAUUACUAGCUACGCUAUUUGCCUUAAUAAUGAUCCAAGAUUCAUUACAAGGCAUCACAAGGCUCUGAAGCCAUUCAGACCACAUGACCGGCUUCUCAUCGUCCGACAGAACACUAGGAGAAACACAAUAUAUCCAUGUUAAAUUGGAGUUUCUUUUUUGAGGUAUAUUUCUUUCAAAUUAUGUUAUUAUUUAACCUGGUUUAAUUGGUGCAGCUUUCUUCUACGUCCAGACGGUAAGGGGGCUUCGGUAUCUGUUUAGCACUGCUGUUGCUCGCUUGUGAUAAAUACUCGUCAUAUAUAGGAUUCAGCUUCGGGAGUGUUGUUAAUAUUUCUUUUCACUUCAGCUACUUCACUCCUAAAUGCCCAUGAAAUUGAUGAAGACAAUUUCAAUGUCAUGGAUUAUGGAGCUACAAGUGAUGAUCUUACAGACGAUUCACAAGCAUUUCUGGAGGCAUGGGAUGAUGCGUGCAGUGCCUCAGUUGAAUCUUCAAGAGUAUAUGUUCCAGCGGAGAAGACAUUUGUAGUUGAUCCCAUCACUUUUCAUGGCCCAUGCUAUGCUUCAACAAUCAAUUUCGCAAUUUCAGGGAGAAUUAUGGCCCCAGAAUCACCAAGCUCGUGGGAUGGGGGAGAUGCAAGUCAAUGGUUAGGAUUUAAGAAUGUGAAUGGGUUAAAGGUGGAUGGGUUCGGGUUCGGGUUGAUUGAUGGGCAGGGCAAGGGUUGGUGGGAUCAAUCGUGUAGAUACCAUCCUCGACUGAAGCAAUGCACAACGUUGGCUCCAACUGCGUUGAAGUUUGUAUCAUGCAACGAGAGCAGUGUUAGCAACAUGAAAUUUACAAACAGUGCCCAGACGCACAUAUUGGUGAGGGGAUGCAACAGCUUCAGCAUCGACAAUGUGAUGAUAGAGUCCCCUGGAAACAGCCCCAACACUGAUGGCAUUCACAUUCAAUCAUCUCAACAUGUGCUUAUCACCAAUUCCAGAAUUGCCACUGGUGAUGAUUGUGUCUCCAUUGGUGACCAUACUUCUAAUAUCGAAAUAGAGAAUGUGGAAUGUGGUCCUGGCCAUGGUAUCAGUAUUGGAAGUUUAGGAAGAGGAGGGAAUUAUGUACAAGUACAAAAUAUUCUUGUAACUGAUGCGUUCUUCAAUGGAACUACGAACGGAGCUCGAAUCAAAACAUGGCAGGUGGGAAGAGGAUAUGUCCGAGACGUGACAUUUCAAAAUCUCCUAUUCAACCAUGUUCAGAAUCCCAUAAUCAUUGAUCAAAAUUAUUGCAACGUGAGGAAUGCAUGCAAAGAGCAGGAAACUGGAGUACAGAUAAGCAAUGUAAAUUAUAAGGAAGUGUUGGGGACAUCCACCACAGAUAUUGCUAUUAAUAUCAACUGCAGCAGGUCAGUGCCAUGCUUUGGAAUAUCAAUGGAAUCAAUACAAUUGUUAUCAGCUGAGGUUGGGAAGCAAGUCACAGCAAAUUGUAGUAAUGCCUAUGGUGAAGAAGUUGAUGUGGUUCCUGGUCCCUGUCUUUUGGACUGAUUCAGUCUUCAUUAAUAUUAUUUGAUUAUUUGCAAAAUGGUGUAUCAUUGUUGUACUAUUAUUCUAAGAUAGCCGCGAUGAGGGCUUAAAAAAUGAAAGAGUAAUUUUUUUAAUAGUAGGUGUUGUUCUAUUUUAA